AUGUCUCCCACCACGGGCGAAGCUGACAAGACCACACCUUCUACCGUUCCCGCCAGCUCUGCGAUUUCGCAGACCAAGGGACGAUGUUCCUUCACGCUCUUUUCCAGACGAAACGACUGGACUCGCAGCGGCGAAGUGGACUGUGUCUCUUUCGAGCCUGAUUCUAUGAAACCAUUCGACGUGGAGCUCACCGACGCGCAGAAGCAGACCCUGGGGUCACCCAGAGGCCACAAAAAAAACAUCCAUGUCCCCAAGGCCUUCAACCUCGUGUCUCGCAACCACGCCAGCUUUGUAGCCACGGAUAAACAGCUGUUUCUGUUUGAGAGCAAGGCAAAGUACGGCACCAAGCUGGACGGCCAGAAGUUGCAGCUCAACACCUUUUAUCCCCUGAAGGAAGGCUCGCAAGUGACCCUGUCCCCUGACUGCAGGGCACACGGCACCGCCUUUGAUUUUGAGGUUGAGAGCAUCUCCUUUGGAAAAGCUCCUGCCACUCCUUCUGUGACCUUUUCUUCCUCGAGCAUUGUUUACAAAUACGACAGCGAGGUUUCCCAGGGCACCAGCAUGGACUCUUCCCCCAACGAUGCCAUCGUUAUUGACAUUGAUUCCGACGAUGAAGAUACUGGCGAACAAUCCGACAUUGAAGUCGUUGGUUGUGCCGUUUCGUCGGGUGACAACGGGGAAGGGCAAGUUGGAGAUGCUCAGCGAUGCCACUGGUCCGAAGAAGACGAAGAGGAUCGCAACGAGGACGAUGACGAAGAAGACGAAGAAGAUGAUGAAGACGAAGAAGACGAAGAAGACGAAGAAGACGAUGAAGACGAUGAAGAGGAAGAAGAGGACGAGGACGACUCUCAAAACAGAAACCAACGUUGGCUCGCGGCUUCUCAUGAUUCCGAUGAUGACAAGGAUCAUGAUGUUGAGCCGGCCACUCUUGUUGAGCUUCUCAGAUCGGCUCCCACUGCUCGUGCGCCUGAUGAAAAUCCCCAUCAGAUUUUUUUCAAACCUAGAAGAAGCAACCAGGACACCCUUUUUGGCUACGACACCUUGCCAGCUCACGAGCCAGGAUCGUUCCAGACACCUGAGAAUCAGUUCGAUAACUCAGAGGAAGCCUUCCUAUUUGAGGAGGAUGAGAGAGCUGAAUCUUUGCUAAAGGUACAUGAAGCUCCUGCUGAAAGCUCCAUUGUGAAACCUGCAGAUACCUCCGAGGUCUCCGUUGGUCAGGAGUCAACCAAGAUACCUGUUACAAAGUCCAACGAGGUUGCCAUGGAUAUGGAGUCCACCAAGGUCUCUGUCAAGCCGGUAUCUACCACCGUCUCAGUCGAGGCUACAACCCAAACUCCCCUUAUCGAGAAGUCCUCCAUCAUCGAUAUGUCAACCGUCCAAGAGCCCGCCGAGAGCCCAGCCUUCCAGGACGCUUCUACCAACCUUCCCACCGCCAAGGAGACAAUCAUUCACGAGCCUGCUGCCACAGCCCCGGAGCCUCUUCCCACAGCGGCUUUCCAGGAGCUGGCAUCCAUUCCUCGAGUUCGUAAGCGAACCCGGGAGGAGAUGGUGAAGGAAGAGGAGGAUCUGGAUGUACCUCUGCCUAAGAAGUCCACCGAAGGCCGACGAAUUGGGCAGAUCUUCACCGCCGUUGCAGCUGGUAUGCUUGUGGGAAGUAUCGGCACCGUGACUGCUCUGGCUAGCAUGUCCACUUAG